AUGGGUCUGCAGCAUCUGGCGGCGGUUGCGCGAAGAACCUGCUGGAAGCAGGCCAAGCAGCUGGCCCAUGCAUGCGAACGAGGCAACAGCAGCUUUGACGCAAGAGCGACAAGCUGGGACACCCCCGAGAAGCUGCAGCGAGUGGCUUGGGUGGGAGAUCAGAUCCGCCGACGUCCUUGGUUCCGAAAGGGACACGAGGCCAUGGGCAAGUGCCUUGAUUUCGGGUCUGGCACAGGACUGCUGUCCUUUGAGCUGAAAGAGAGCUGGAGUCACGUCACGGGACUGGAUGCAUCCUCGGGCAUGCUCAAGGUCAUGCAGGAGAAGAUUGAGAUAGCUGGCCUGAGCUCCAAGAUGGUUGCGACUGAGGGGCCCCUGAACGUCUUGGGAAGCUUCGACACGAUCGUGAGCCUGCUCUGCAUCCAUCACAUCCGCGACUGUGAAACUCAGCUCCGCGAGCUGGCAACACAUCUCUCACCCAGUGGCCGGCUUGUCGUCAUCGAUUUUGAGGCGAAUGCACGCCUCUUCCACAAGAGGUCGGAAACGAGAGGCGAUCACUACGAGCACGACGGUCUGGAAGCGGAUGCGCUGCACGGGUGGCUCACUUCGGCAGGACUGCAGAACGUAGAGGUUCACCGAGCGCCCUUCGAGAAAGCUCGGGCAGAAGGUUGGGAAGAUGCCGGGCGCAAGGAGACCUUCCAGAUGUUGAUCGCCUCGGGAUCGCGAGCAAAAGCCAGGGGUCCGCCACCCCCCAAGGCCAAGGCCAACGCGCCAGCACCGGGUCCGGUGCCAAAGUUCGGGGCGCUGCCGCCCAGGAGCAACGGGUUGGUGAACAUCAACUGGAAAAAGCUUUCGGCACUUACGGACGCCGACUACGAGCUCAAUUCGGACACCUUCCUGAGCGCCAUUGCGCCGGCUAGCAUGCCCGAGCUGCCACCGCUUCGACCAGGGUCUGCAUUCGAAGGCACCGACGUGGAGUGCAUGGACGAUGCCCAGGUGCAGUACUGGUUCCGGGCCCGGCCCCACCCCAGCCAGCGGCCACUCCGCUCGACCCCCAGCAGCAGCUCGAGUGUGCGAUCCGUCUCCACAGAAGGGCAGACCACCUCCAGCGUUUCAUCCACAGGGCCUGGCAGGACGCCAGCUGUGCCAGGCCUUCCCAAGCAGAAGCUUCUGAUUCUCGACGAAAGGACGACAAGGAGUGCUGGGCUGUUCCUCGCUCGGCAGCGCAUCCAAACUCGGAGCAGCCAGGGGCAGUCAAUGACGCCGGAGGACAUUUGCAAAAGCAUCCUCCAGUGCACUGUCAGCCAGGACGAGGAUGGUUUGCAAAGUUUACUUGAUGCCGUCGAGAGCAACUUCGAGGCCGGCAAUCCUGUGGCAUCCUUCGUCGAGGCUGAGGGCGUAGAUGCCCUGUCGCGCUGCGAGGCUGAGCAAGAGCAUCGCCUCAUGCACCAGGUCUGCGGCAUUGCAGGCGUAAGCCAGCGAUUGAGAUGUCUUCAGAUCGAGUCAUCUUGGGAUCGCGACGCUGCGAAGUGUCAGAAACAUCUGGAGGUCCUGCAAUCUGGACUCGAGGCCCUGAGCACAAGGAAGGAGGCACUCCAGUCCUUCUUCCGUCAGGUCAUGAAGAUUGGCAAUCAGCUAAAUGAGGCCGCUGGAGGAGUACGCGCUUCUCAUGGCUUUCGCCUACAGAGUCUCGAUUCUACGCUGCAGACGAGGUCGCCAUUGCGACCUCAGCUCUCCCUUCUACACCUCGCGCUGGCACAGAUGCCCUUGAGACAGGUCAAUUCAUUGUGCGAGGGCCUGCGGGCCACUGAUGCAUUGAGAGCACAAGGACUGCUUGGCAAGAGCGCUGGGGUUCAGGAGCGGUGCCGGGAACUUAUCGCCCAGCGGGCUGCGCUUCGCGAGCUCGGUGUGCAGGUGCCCAGCGCUCUCUCUGAGGACGACGUCUUCCAGGAGCACUUGAAAGAGUUCCUGGACAGCCGUCGGGACAAGGCCUCUCGCUUGGCGGAGCUGUGUUUGGAAGUCUUCCGAAGCUACUGGGAGCUUGCAGUCUUUCUCGGCGAUCCAGAUGCCGUGUUCCCACCACCUUCGAAGGACUCUGAUGAAUCACAGGACAUCUUCCUGUUCUUCCACGGCUUUAUCGAGGUGCUGGAGCGGGCCCGCGUGGAGAUCGCAAGGAUGCGGCUGCGCGAGGAGAUCGAGGCUUCUCAUGAGGGUGGACAGGAGGCCGCGGCGCGAGUGGUGGAGAAGGCAGCGCUCGAGUCUGGGCUGCCAGCGAGCAUGGUGCGGCGAACGCUGCCCUUGCCCGAGCGGGAGACCAAAGCGGAUUCCGUGUUAAUGACUCCUCCAACAUCGCCCUCCCGCGGAGUGAGACAUGUCGCCUCGCCAUGCAGAGCGCUGAAGGGUGUGUCGCCCAAAACGGCUUCUGCCCGAGCGGUACACAGGCUGAAGAAGCUGAGCUGCAGUCCGGAGGCAGACGCGCAGUCUGACGUGUCGGACUGGGAGCCGUCCCCAAACGAGAAGCCGAAGCCGGAGCCGGAGCCGAGCCAAGGCGUUUGUGUGGUGCCGAGACGGCGGCGGGUGCUCCCCGAGCGGCCGCUGCCUUCAACACCUUCUUCCAGCUCACGUGCUUCCCACGCCUCCCCAUCGGCGAGUUCGCGGGUCUCGAGCCCUCGGGUGGAUGCAUCGCCGGCUCAAAGGUCACCUUCCUCCGAAGGUUACUCUGGCAGGCCAAAUGGAGCCGGUGCUUGGGCUGACCCCUUUGGUCCGGAGCCCUCUGCAACCGGGGAGCUCAUCACAACGCCGCGCGACAGCGACGAUGCCGCGCGUCGAAGGACCUUUCCCACUGGAGGCGCGGCUGCUCGGCAAUUUUCUCAUGAAUUUUUCUUUGAGAUUUGA